CCAACUCAAAAUUUAUGCAAAAUUAAAACUUUCUUUAGAAUAUUAUUUAAGUGUCAGAAACAUGUAGAUUCUAGUUAAAUCAAAGAUUAAAAAUUCAGUGAUAAGACUCUAAAAUCAUUUUAAACAGUUUCAAACGAUGGAUUAGGAAAACUACAAAUAGCCAAGGGGGACAUCAGCGAAGCGGACAAAACAAUUAUCUGAUCAAACCUGAUUGUUUUCGACGUAUGGACUGUUAAACACAAAAUAAACAUGUCAUUGAUUGUCGAAAAUCUCACAGCAACUGAAACCAGUCUAGUGUUACAGUCGAGGACUGUUUUUGAUAGCGGAGACUGGUUAUUGAAUGCCACCAGAGUUAUAGAACCCGACAAGAAUUUGAAAAUAAACGAAACGAACGGAAAGCUAUUAGCAGACGACACAAAUUUUAUAUCUACAUUUUCAAAUACAGUGUUAAAAUCUACAACAGAUAUUGCUCAAAAUCUACAAUACCAAACUACAAAGACAUUUGCAAUAGAAAUUAAUUCUCCACCGGAAGUGACAAUUCGUAGACCGGUAGUGCUUUCGGACAGUGAAAGUUUCGGGACAGCGGAAAAAGUUGUUGUCGGGGCCGCUGUGAUUGUUGCUAUUUUAGCUAUUACUGCGAUAUUAUUAAGGAUACUAGGACCUUAUUUUCGAUCUAAAAAGACUGAGAAAGAAAACGAAACAGAGAAAAUAAAUAAUCCCGACCUGUUUAUCCCUAAAUUAAGUUAUACUAAUCUUGGAGCUGAUAUUGAAUCACAGUCAAGCGGAACCGGAAAUACGUCAAGCCAAGAUUGUUCCCAGUCUACCGGAAGUACUCCCGCAACAGACUGGUCAGACCUGUCGAAAAGUUCAACCAGUAGCCGAUCUUCGUCCGAGGAGUCCGAAGAAAAUAUGUCGUCAGGAAAACAUUACAUGAAGGCUAAAAAGACUGACGAUAAAUUGCGCGGGAGACAUUCGUCUGCUUCUCUAUCGACCGCUUACAGCAACGAAGAUAGACAUUCGGCCAGCGCUUCUCCAGCUUCCAGGAAGAAACUUACUAAUGAGCAAAUGUCCAUUAUAUCUACACAGUCGUUGGAGCCGCUCAGAAUGGAACAGCAGUACAGAGACCGGUGGGACGACCAGUUUGAUCCUUGUGGCUCUCUUCCAAGACGUAAUCUGAGUCAUCACAGUCAUCCGUCGGAGAGUCGGCUAAGCGUCAGCUCGAUGAGUUCCGGCAGCUCUUAUAAUCACGCCUAUCCAACCUUCCCCAUACCAUCCAAAGACCUCGUGCGACAACUUCACAUGGACAAAGAGAGACGAUAUCCUUCAAAUGCACCCGCUGUAAAGAAGGAGAAGCACGUGCGACUCUCACCACCGUACCGGUAACCAACUGGCUGUACAUAUCUGCAAAAUAUAUGCAUAAUAUUAUAACAAAAAUUCAGGCAUAAUUAAAACGAUGUUGUCAUUUCUUAACGUUUAAUUUUGUCGUAUAUUGUAAGUGUUUAAAUGUUUAAAUUUCGUUAUGUCUUUUUUAAUAUAAGAGUGAUAAUAAACUCGGCAUACCCAUCUGUAAAUAUGUAUAUGUUGGACGACGUUAAGAAAAGAUAAACAUUAAAUAUGUAUGCAGCUAAAUAAUGGGAGCAUAGCGACCCAUUGAGAUUGUGUUAAAGGCACAUGGUGCUUCAGAAAUACAUAUUUAUUGAAUUCCUUUAAAUAUGUCAAACUUGUGUUAAAUAAAGUUUGAUCAUGAAUAAUUGAUUUAGAGCAAAUGAGAUGUUUAAAAAGCUGAAGAAAGCAGCGUUUAUUAUGCAUUAAUGUGUAGUAAAGGUAGUAAAAUGUAAACAUAGUAGUAUUUUUGCUUCCAUACAAUACUUAUUCACAUAACUAUACCAAUUACACCAGUUUGCUACAGAGCAAAAGAAGCAAAGAUUGUUCUUCUUUAUGUUAAAUGAGUAUUUUUUGGAAACUGUUACAAGAUACCAAAACUAGAAAGUUUUUUAGAAAUGAAAAAAAUGAUAUCAUUUUUUAGGCCUAAUGGGCCUUUAAAAGCUUGUUUUUGUUAUUACACACACACUGUACUGUCUGAAGUUGACUGCAUACUUUUCAACGAUGUAUCCAAAUAUACGCAAUAUUAAAUGAAUUAGUGCUUAAAAUCAAUACCGAAGAAAGUUCAUGGAAAAAAAAUUGUCAGAAUUUUCAAAUUUAGGCUUUCUCAUUGGUCUAAAAAGUAGGUCAAAGUCUAAUCAGUCGUUCACGUUGUUACCAUGCAGUAAAACCAUCACUGUUUCUUUUUUCCACAGAAACAGGUUGAUUUUUUUCGUCCAGUUUUCAGAAAAAUAUAUUUUGCUUGUUUGUAUUUUUGUUUUGAUGAGAUAUAACUUUAUAUUCUACCUGAAGUGAAAACCCAAAUGUUUCAUAUUUACGAGCAUCAACCCUGAGUGAAACAACAAUAGAAUAUUUAUAUAUAUCUUAAACACCAUCAUUAUUAUGCUAAAGUCGUGUUGAAUAUCUUUUUUCUCUAAAUAAUUUUUGUAUUUAUAAACCAUCUUUACAGUAGGCAAAUUACAGUAUAUUGUACAAUAUAUGGAGUGAAUGGUAUGUAGUGAUCUAUAUACAUAUACGAUGAGUGAUACAAAUUAUAUCUCACUGUUAAUAUACGGUUUCUCAUUAAUUAGUGACAAUGUUAUAUCUGGAGUGAAUGAUAUGUAGUGAGUGAUAUGCGGUGAGUGAUACAAAUGAUAUCUCACUUGUAAUAUAUACAUAGUAUCUCAUUGAUUAGUGACAAUGUUAUAACUGGAGUGAAUGAUAUUUAGUGAGUGAUAUACUGUGAGUAAUACAAAUGAUAUCUCACUGGUAAUAUAUACAUGUAUCUAUGGUAUCUCAUUGAAUAGAAUAUAUAUAUAAAAAAGGAUAUCUAAGAUACAAAUUCAAACCUUUCCUAUUAUAUAGGAAAGGUUUUUGUAUGUGUAUCAAUAGAUUGUAAUUAUUCACAUACAGCUAGAUAAAUAUGGAAAAUGACUCAUAAAUUGAAGAUACAUGUAUAAUUUAUAUCUAUUCUAUAAUUAAUAGGCAUGAUACUUUCCUGAAGGAUUUAUAACUUGAAAAUAUGUAAUGCGUUGUUAAGACAGCAAUUUAUGCCAUGCUCAAAUAAAUAGACUGUAGCAAUUUAUGUCAUGUCCAAGUUAACAGACUGUAAAACAUAUGCUUUUUGUCUAUAAGUUCAAAGUGAUCUUUUUGUGCACAUGUCGGUUUAUUAAAUGUCAAUGCAAAAACUUUAUAAUGCGUCAAUUUUUUUAUUUGUUUACAAGAUAAAGUAAUUAAAGAAUUAUAUUAAAAAGAAAUUUUAUAAUAAUUUGAAAUAAUUACGAUUCGAAGCACGUAGUUUUCAACUUCAUAUUAAAACAUAAAUUACUAUAGUCAUUGUUCUAAAAAAUAAAAUGUCGUUGAAAUUAUAUUUUUAUACCAACUUUGAUCAUAUGCAUAUCUUUAUUUAACAAUCAUUUUUCUGCUGAAUGUUAAAAGCAUUUAAUUUAUGUUUGUGACAUUCAGGCGUGUUAGUUGUGACAUUACCGCUCUCAAAUAUGACAUUGUUGCAAUUGAAUAUGACAUUGUUGUUAUAAGAUGUGAAAUUUUAGUUGUUAGAUAUGAUAUUGAUGCUUGAAUUAUGACGAUUUUGCAGUACAUUGAAACGUGUUUGCUGCUAAAUAUAGAAUAUUUAUCAACAAAUAUGACUUUUUAGGAAUAUAAUUAUAUAUUUUAUGGUUAAAAUGUCACAUUUUUGUUCUUAAAACUCUUAAUUUUGUGGUUGAAAUAUGACAUUUCUGUUCUUAAAAAUGAUAAUUUCGUAGAUGAAAUAUGACAUUUUUGUUCAUACAAAUCUGAAUUUCGUGGUAAAAAUAUGACAUUUUCGUUCUUAAAAUCUUAUUUCGUGGUUAAAGUGUGACAUUUUUGGAACUAGUUGUAAUAUUUCCAUUUCUAAAGGUGAACUUUUUUAUAUUAAAUGUGACGUUUUUUCACAUUUCCGUUGAUCAAUGUGAUUAUUUUUAUCCGUUAAUGUGACGUCAUCACUAUUAAACAUGUCAUUUUUCGCUAUUCCGCUAUUGAUAUUGUUUAUAUAAAUAGAAAAUAUUUUUCAUAUUUUUAACAUUAAUUAAAAGAAAUCAAAUGUGAACCAUUUCAAAAACUGCGGUAUAUCGCAGAACUAGUGACGUCAUUUUAAGUUCAUGACGUAGUAAUUGGUGUCAGAAUAGAACAUUUGAGCUUCAAUAAUAACUUGUAAAUGAAGCAAAUAAAUAGUAAGCAAUACGACUUUUCUUUUUAAACAUGCCAUUUUUCGCUAUUCAUUAUGACAUCUGUUUUUGUUUGUUAGAUAAUAAAUUGCCGUUGCUUAAGAUGUGAUAUUGUUUAUACUCAUAGAUACUAUGUGUUUAUCAAAUGUGAACCAUUUCAAAAACUGUGGUAUAUCGCAAAACUGUUUAAUUGUGAGUUCAUGACGUAGUACUUAAUUGAUGUCGGAUUUCGAAUUUUAAAUAGAAUAUUUUUUAGCUUCAAUAAUAAAUUAAUAACUAGAAAAUAAAGCAAAGAAAUAUUAAGCACUACGUCUUUUCUUUUUAUAUUACAAAAAAAGAAUAACGCAUAUGAAAGAAGGCAAGAAUAUUUAUUUUCUUUGUUUUCUCUUUUUUUUCUUUUUUCACUAGAAUGAUAUAAAUAUAGCUUUUGAUGUUUAUAUAUUAAGAAAGUUGUGUACAUAUUUUAAAGAUAUAUAUGUUCCAAUUACAGUUGUAUUUAUAACUGUCUAAACACAAACAUAUAUUAUGUAUAAACUUGUAAAUCUAAUUUCGCUAAUUAUUUAUAUAUUCCCCAUUGCUCAAACUUCAUAAUAAAGUAAUAAUAAAU